AUGUCAGCAAAUUUACCGGAUGCCGAUCAAAUCAUACUUGAACCGUUACUCAGUCCAUUAUUUCCCAAAGCAACCGAAAUACUUUUUUAUACAGGUAACACAUUAGCAUCACUUAAGUUAAUGAAAAAAACCAAUAAAACUAUAACUGAAGAGAUUAUUGAAUAUAUUUCAACGGUAUUACAAACAAUGAGACUAGAGAUGGAUGAAAAACAAUUUCAAAAUGAAACAUAUGUUAAAUUUCUUCCAAUAUCUGAUGAAACACCAAUAACAAAUAAUUAUAGUACUGCAGGUUCUGAUACUGAACAAUUAACACGAGAGGAUUUAAAAUUCUCCGUUAAAAUAUUUCUUCGUUCACUAGACCCGGAAGUAUUAUCACAUACAAUUGAUACAGGUUUUGUUUAUAUUUCAAUAAAAAGAGGAAUUUUAAAUGAAUUAAAAGAAAACUAUUUAGAAAGUAUUAUGAUAUCAUUAUCAAAUUUUGGUGUACAAAUAACAUUAAAUGAUUUUUUACCAUUAUGGCGUGUUAUUGAAGAUUAUAUAGAUAAAAAAAAAAUUUUAUCAGCUGGUGUUUGUGAUUUUAUGCUUCCAUUAUUAUCUGAUUUAUAUGAUGCUUGUAAACAUAAACCAUAUGCAAAUCAAAUUAAUUUAGGUGUUUGUUGUUCAAUUCCUGAAGAACUAAAUAAAUAUGUUAAAGAACAUAAUAUACAACUUUUAACACAUAGUGAUCCGAUUGAGGUUAUCAAUGAAACGGAUUUUCAAGAAGUUAUACGAAAAUAUUGUCAUGAAUAUGAUUCAAUAAAUUGGAAACCAUUAUCUAUUGUUCGUUAUAAUUCCGUUAUUACUAAUCGAGGUAUUAUUAAAACAAAAGGAUUUUUUAUAUAUGCUAAACGAGAACUACGCAUGAAUUAA